UCCAAAACCUUUAACGUGAUAUAGUGUAGCAACAAUGCAUCAAUUGUUGAAUCGUUCCUUAUGUGCAAUAGUACGCCCGAAAGAUAGCUCAAAGCGAUGGGUGUUACCGACCCAAACGUUGUUGCACACGGCAAGGCCAAGCUUAUCGGAACAGAGUAGCGGGAGCCGGCUACAAUCUUCUCCGGAAAGCACUCCGUCAUCGGCAGUAGCAGGAGCAUCGACAGUUGAUAGUGCUGAUAAGAACAAAUCGACUAGUCAACGCGAUCGGAAGCAACGAGCGAACGAACAGCAGUUGUCUGCCAACGGCACCUCAUCGCUAAUCGACACGUUUGGAAGGUUUCACAGCUACCUGCGAAUAUCGCUUACCGAACGGUGCAACCUACGCUGCAAGUACUGUAUGCCCGCCGAAGGUGUACAGCUGACCCAAAAAGAUCAACUACUAACGAGUGCGGAGGUUAUACGGCUCGCGAACCUUUUCGUCACGGAAGGUGUCCGCAAGAUACGGCUAACCGGUGGCGAGCCAACAGUGCGCAAAGAUUUAACCGAGAUCGUUAGCCAACUGAAGGCCACCAAUCCAUUGCUGGAAAGUGUCGGCAUUACUACGAACGGACUGAUGUUGACGCGGCAGCUGGUAGGAUUGCAGCGAGCCGGGCUCGAUGCACUCAACGUGAGCUUGGACACGCUGCGAGCGGCCCGCUACGAGCAGAUAACCCGCCGUAAGGGUUGGGAACGUGUAAUGGCCGGUAUUGACCUGGCGAUCCAGUUGGGCUACCGGCCAAAGGUGAACUGUGUGCUGAUGAAGGGGUUCAACGAUGAUGAGAUUUGUGACUUUGUCGAGUUGACGCGCGAUCGCAAUGUAGACGUGCGGUUUAUCGAGUACAUGCCCUUUACCGGUAACCGGUGGGACACGGACAAGAUGGUGUCGUACCGUACGAUGCUCGAUACGAUACGGGCCCGCUAUCCCGCGUUUGAAGCACUGCCGAACGGACCGAACGAUACGUCGAAAGCGUACCGGGUGCCGGGGUACCGGGGCCAGAUGGGUUUCAUUACCUCGAUGACGGAACACUUCUGUGGCAGCUGUAACCGGUUGCGGAUCACGGCCGAUGGCAAUCUGAAGGUGUGCCUGUUUGGCAAUACGGAGGUGUCCCUGCGCGAUGCGCUCCGCAGUCCCGGCUGCUCGGAGGACGAUCUGCGAUGUCUCAUCUCGGCUGCCGUGAAGCGCAAAAAGAAACAGCACGCAGGAGCAUCACCACUUUCGACAUCAUUUGCACACAACGUAUCACACCGAUCCACACCGAACACACUGCUGGCACACGAUGGAGGCCUCCAGCGUCGGCGCUACGCUUCUCUCAGUCACGUGGACGAACAUACCGGCCGGGCAACGAUGGUUGACGUCGACGAUAAGGUAUCGACCAAGCGCAUAGCCAAAGCUCAGGCCACCGUCUACGUGGGGCCCACCAUUGCCGCACUGAUCGAAAACAAUGAGCUUAAAAAGGGAGACGUCCUCUCGAUCUCACAGAUGGCGGCGAUCGUAGCGGCCAAAAAAACGUCCGACCUGAUCCCGCUCUGUCACAACAUUCCCCUGUCCUCGAUUAAGGUCGAAACGAGCCUGAACAGUUCCACCAACGAGGUACACAUACUGGCCAAGGUAAAGUGUGACGGCAAGACGGGUGUCGAGAUGGAAGCACUGACGGCGGUUUCGAUCGCCGCCCUUACCGUGUACGACAUGUGCAAAGCGGUAUCGCACGAGAUCCUCAUUAAGAACAUUAUGCUGGUGGAGAAAACCGGUGGCAAGAGUGAAUUCUACCGGAAGCAGAUCAAGCACGAACCGACGCUCGAGACGCGCACGAUGGAAUCACGCAAUCCGGACCAGAUGCCAAUCAUUACGCGUGGCUACCGGACGGAUCCGAUCGUCACGAACGAACCGUUCGUGCCAAUGUACAUCUGAGCAGGAAGGGAG